AGAAACCCACGAAGAAGAAGAAGAAGAAGAAGAAGAAGUAGAAGAAGAAGCAAAGCAGCUUCACUGAACAGACAGUGGAUAUUACACGACAACAAAAACAUGUGAAGUGACACACACACACACACACACACACACACACACACACACACACACACACACACACACACACACACACACACACACACACACAGGGUCAGAGUGUGUCGUGUCUGUGACUCGCUGCCGCCAUCCUGUGUCCGCUCCCCCUAACGUUCCCCUGGAGGUGGAGUGAAGCUCCACCAUAGACUCCACCCGGGGAGGCUGAACUUUAGCCCGAGUAAAGCUCGCGCGCUGGUCCCCUCAGUGAGAUGUUGACACGGAUUGUUCAGUGUCAGGUGUUUGUUUCCGGGCUCUGUAACAAGUUAAACCCGGGGAGAUCCAGGAGACUCACCUGGAGGAGAACACAGCUUCAAGGCGUUCAAACCUUCAGGAUGCAGAACAGUCAGUGUUGCGUGAAGCUGUCAGUCCAGCCGUCCAGAGGACUCGUGGAUGAGAAGUUCACCGUCUUGGUCCAGAACACGCUGCCUGGUUUCCCGCUGACCAUCCACGCGCUCCAUCAGAGUGAUGACGGACACACCUGGGAGGCCUUCGGUCACUACACCGCCAACAACACCGGGACUGUAAACGUUUUAGAGGAUCCCAGUCUGGGCGGGACAUAUUCUGGCGUUGAACAGAUGGGUCUCCUGUGGAGCCUCAGAGCAGUUCCAGGCAGCAAACCGUGGCUCAGGUUGAGAAAGAUGAACAUCCAGACCCCCAUGGAGUUCACCAUCUCUGUGUACCAGGGUCACCAGACUGAGGGCUUCAACGAUCAGGUGCCGCUGGCUGGUGUCGUCGUGGAGCGCUGGUACAUGGCACCAGGGGUCCGUAGGGUCCCGAUUACAGAGGAUGGACUCACUGCAACCCUCUUCCUGCCCUCAGGACCCGGACCUUUCCCUGGCCUCAUUGACCUAUGGGGGGGGGGAGGGCAGCUGGUGGAGUACCGUGCAGCUCUUCUGGCCUCCCAUGGCAUCGCCGCCCUGGCCCUCGACUACUUGACUCCUAAAGUCACGUUGGAAACUGGAAAGAUGGUUGAGAACGAUUACUUUGAGAAGGCCUACAGAGUCUUGCAGCAGCACCCUCAAAUCCUCGGCAGCAGGAUUGCAAUGCUGGGUCUGUCUUUUGGGACCUCUAUCACCUUCAAAGUGGCUGCUUACUCUGAAGUUAUAAAGCUUAGAUGUGCAGUGUGUGUCAGCGGGAGUCAUGUGCAGCCAGUUGACGGAUCUGUGAAACAAAUACUGGCUUACUUCAACAAAAACUCUGACAAGACACGCUUCAACGAGGAGAGCCAGGUGAUCUGGCGAGAUCUGCUGCUGCCGAUCCCCACCGACCCGGCGUUCAAAGUAGACAUGGGACGGAUCAAGUGUCCUCUGAUGCUGGUUGUAGGUGAGGACGAUCAGAACUGGCCCGCGCCAGAUUCUGCAGUAGACAUAAAAGAGAUGAUGGAGAAAGCAGGGAACAGCCACCUGCUGACCCUGCUGUCGUACCCAGACACCGGUCACCUGAUCGAGCCGCCGUACACGCCGCACUUCCGAGCCAGCAUGUUCAAAACAGUGGACACACAACAGAAGAUGGUGGUUCUGUGGGGCGGAGAGACGGUGGCACAUUCUCGCGCUCAGGAAGACGCCUGGAGGAAGAUUUUGGUGUUUCUGAGGGAGAAUCUGUACGGCGGUACAAACCCGAGUGCAGCUUCAUUUUCCCACCUUUGACAAAGGUGACGGCUUCAACAUUAAAGCUUCAGGAAGUAAAAGUUCUUCACUGAUUGGAAGGACGUGAAACACACUGGGUGUACGAGUACAAAGAUUUUAUAUUGCCUUAACGAUCAUUAUAAUCUCUAAGAGAAUAAAACAUACUUCAACUAAAUGUAGAUUCUUGUGAUGAAGAAAAUGUUCCAUUCUACAUGUUUGUUUUUUACUCUCGUAGGAUGUUUUAUUUGAAAUGAACAUGAAUGUUUCCUGAUAGAAUCAUGGUCAUGUGAUGAAUAACCGAUCCAUCAGGUAAUAAAAAGACAAUCAAACUGGA